GAAGUAAUGUGCUAUUUAUCGUUGCUCAAGGCUGGUUCGCCUAGUGACAAGCUAGAGUUUAUGUUCCGUCUAUAUGAUUGUGAUAACAGUGACUACUUAGAAACACAUGAGCUGGAUAACAUAGUCCAGCAAAUGUUGUUAGUAGGACGAUAUUUAGGAUGGGAUGUUUCAGAACUUGAACCAAUACUGGAAGACAUGUUACAAGAACUGGAUUGCAAUAACGAUAAGAAAAUUUCUCUUGAUGAAUGGAUUAAAGGCGGUAGUAAUAAUAUCCCAUUACUAGUACUACUUGGAAUUGAUACGCAAGUACGGGAAAACUGUCAGCACCAGUGGCGUUGGAAGAAAUUUCGAAAGCCCGCUUUUUGUAACUUCUGUUUGGGUAUGUUAUUAGGAUUAGGAAAGCAAGGAUUGACUUGUUCAUUCUGUAAAUUUACCGUACAUGAAAGAUGCGUUCAGAAAGCUCCCACUUCUUGUGUUAACACUUACGUUAAAUCAAGCCGAGCAGUACAUCAUCAUUGGGUAGUUGGAAAUUGUCCUGGUAAAUGUGAUCGCUGCCAAAAGUCGAUAAAAAGUUAUAAAAGGCUUACAGGAGUUCGAUGUGCAUGGUGUCAUUUAACUCUGCAUGAUAAAUGUUUAAGUGGUAUUACUGUUGAAUGCGAUCUCGGAAAACAUAAAAAUUUGAUUUUGCCGCCUACCGCUAUUUGUCCGAAAGUUCUGGAAAGGCAUCGUAGUGUUGGUGAUUCUCCACCGCCGACUAAUUCUUCUCAUAUGGACGGAUUAGAUAUGCAGAUUGCACCAUUAGAAAAUUCUGUGCCUUUAAUUGUUUACGUUAACCCAAAGAGUGGCGGUCAGCAAGGAAGGAGAACGCUACAAAAAUUUCAGUAUCUAUUAAAUCCUAGGCAAGUAUAUAACUUGCUAGAUGGUGGUCCAACGCCAGGCUUGAAAUUUAUUCGUAAUGUACCCAAUUUUCGCGUUCUUUGUUGUGGAGGAGAUGGAACAGCUGGCUGGGUUCUAGCAACAAUCGAUAAGAUGGAGAUAGAUCCUCCACCGCCUAUUGCAAUCUUGCCAUUAGGAACUGGAAAUGAUCUUGCAAGAUGGUUGGAUUGGGGUGGUGGUUACGACGGUGGAAAUCUUUCUAAAAUAUUACAGCAGAUUGAGCAAGCUGUUCCAGUAUCUCUAGAUAGGUGGAAUAUUGAUAUCUCCGCAUUUGAGGGUCUUGAAGGUAGAGGCGAGCCGGUACCACUAAAUGUGUUUAACAAUUACUAUUCGAUCGGUGUAGAUGCUUCUAUUGCGCACAAAUUUCAUACCAUGAGACAGAAGAAUCCAGAAAAAUUUAGUAGCAGGAUAAAAAACAAGUGGUUUUAUUUUGGAUGUGGUGCUGAAGAGCGCUUAUCUAGUAGCUGCAAAAGUUUAAACUCUCAUAUAGACGUAAUUUGCGACGGAAAGGCAAUCGAUUUAACCGAUACAUCAUUAGAAGGAAUCGUGAUUUUAAAUAUUCCCAGCAUGUAUGGUGGUACAAAUAUAUGGGGUAAUACUAGCGAAAAGAAAAAGUCAAAGAAGAAAGAAGCUCAGAAGAGCUCACAUAGAUUUGUGCCUCAAGGUUUAAAGCUUAAUAAAUGUUUUCCGAAUGAUCGAUUACUCGAAGUCGUCGGUUUAGAGAACGCUAGUCAUGUUGGCCAGCUUAUUACUGGCUUACGUGAACACGGUGUGCGACUAGCUCAAGCAUCAAAUAUAGUUAUACGAACCAAGAAAGAAUACCCUAUGCAAAUUGAUGGAGAACCUUGGAUUCAGCCACCAUCAACGAUUCGAAUUACAUUCCGUAAUCAAAUGCCAAUGUUACAAAAUUUUCACCGAUCGCGUAAAGUAAAAUUACUUCCGUUCGUAAAAAGACGUUCACGUUCAUAUAAAUAUCCGGGAACUUAA